AUGCCCUUCUACACCCUCGCGGUCAGCAUGAUAAUAAUGCCCCCAGCGCCUGGUGCCCGUAGCUGCCUGCUGCCGUUACUGCUUGUGAUGGCCUCCGCGCCAAAUGCACUCGGUCUCAGUCGCGCGCUGCUGGCCUUCCGUCCCGAGGACACCGGAGCGGAGCUGUCCGUGCAAGAGGGGGUGCUGACGGCGACGGAGGGCACGAGAUUCAUGCUGCGUGUUUACUAUGCCGCCAACUCUCCGCAGAGGACCAUCCGGAAUGCCACCAUCAGUACUGCCGCCGUGUCGCGACCAGACGCGGCUGCUGCACCUUGGAUAGCCUUCCUCGAGGAACCGCAGCCGGGCCGCGAGGGGCAGGUGCACCCCAAGCGUAACCCGUGUGUGGAGGAGAGUGCGCGGAGCUCGGACAUUGAGGUGUUGGGCUCGUUCCGCUCCGCGUCCGGCCACAGCAGCUCCAUCCUAGUGGAACUGUACGCCAAGCAGCUGCGCAGAGGAGAGCGCGUCAAGUACUACUCCACCUGUGCCUUCGACGGAGUCAAGUGGGAGCACUUCCGAACACGGGACCUGUGGGUGGCGGUGGUGGAGCGCCCCCCGCAGGCGGACGCCUGGCUGCACGUGACGCUCUCGGUGGCCCUGCUGGCCCUGUCGGCGGUCUUCAGCGGCCUCAACAUCAGCAUGCUGGCGCUGGACCCCGUGGAGCUGCGCGUGCUCAUGACCAGCGGCACCGAGAAGGAGCGCAAGCACGCCGCCAAGGUGGAGUCCGUCCGCAAGCACGGCAACUACAUCCUCUGCACCAUGGUGCUGGCCAAUGUGCUGGCCAACACCUGCCUCGUCAUAUGGAUGUGCCAGAUCCUGGGUAUGACUCUAAUCUCCACGGUCACCUGUACGUUUGCCAUAUUCUUCGUGGGCGAGAUCCUUCCUCACUCGGUGGCGUGUCGUCAUGGCCUGGCCAUCGCGUCGCGUACGCUGUGGUUCACGCGCCUCCUCAUGCUGCUGGCGUUCCCCUUGGCCUACCCAAUCAGCAAGCUGCUAGACAACAUGCUGCACGCAGAGAUCUCCAACUUCUACACGCGCGAGAAGCUGCUCGCCAUGCUGAGGGUGACGGACCCAUACCAUGACCUGGUGAAGGAGGAGUUGAACAUCAUCCAGGGUGCGUUGGAGUUGCGCAGUAAGACAGUGGAGGACGUGUUGACGCCACUGAAGGACUGCUUCAUGCUUGCUCACGACGCCACGCUGGACUUUUACACCAUGACGGACAUCAUGCAGAGUGGCUUCACGCGUAUCCCGGUGUACGAGGGCGAUCGCUGUAACAUCGUGGACAUCCUGUUUGUGAAGGACUUGGCCUUCGUGGACCCAGAUGAUUGCACACCGCUCAAGACCGUCACCCAGUUUUACAAACACCCGCUACACACAGUCUUCAAUGACACUAAACUGGAUACCAUGUUGGAGCAGUUCAAGAAAGGUAAGUCCCACCUGGCCAUAGUUCAGCGUGUGAAUAAUGAGGGCGAGGGCGACCCCUUCUAUGAGGUGCUGGGCAUCGUCACACUGGAGGACGUCAUCGAGGAAAUCAUCAAGUCGGAAAUUGUGGACGAGACCGACCUUUACACGGAUAAUCGUACCAAAAGGAAGGUGUCUCAUCACGAGAGGAAGCAGCAGGACUUCAGCCUCUUCAGAAUCCCCGAGAACGACACACACACACUCAAGAUCUCACCACAGCUGCUGCUCGCUACACACAGAUACCUUGCCACAGAGGUGGAGCCCUUUAAGGCGACCCAUCUGAGUGAGAAGAUCCUCCUGCGUCUCCUGAAGCACCCCAGCGUAGUGCAGGAGAUGACUUUUGACGAGCGGAACAAGAAAUCACUGCAUCACUUCCUCUACCAACGCAACAAGCCCGUCGACUACUUCAUACUCGUGCUGCAGGGUCGUGUAGAGGUGGAGGUGGGUAAGGAGGCUUUACGCUUCGAGAACGGAGCCUUCACCUACUAUGGACUACCAGCAAUCAUACCCCAUCUACCCACACAAAUCCACAGGUCUCCAUCGAGGAGUUCUGGUCUGAACCGGUCGGACUCAACUCUGCACGCGUGCAGUCUGGGCCAGCUGAGCAUUGGGGGAGGGGCUUAUUUGCCUGACUACUCCGUUAGACAACUAACACCCCUACAGGUCGUCAAGGUGAGCCGCAGUCACUACCAGAACGCUCUGACAGCCAUGCGCAUGGACAGCUCUCCACAGACGCCCGAUGGCGAGAGCCAGCCCAACACACACACUCACACACACUCUCACACAACGCGCUCACACAGCAUUGCCCUGCCCCUCUCACACACGCGGCCCAUGCACACGCACCUCAACACACACACGUGCACACACACACACGCUCCGCACGCGCAGCGGCCGGAGAGUCCCAGCCCCAGCAGCCUCAACGAACGCAACCGCAUCGUCCGCAGUAAGUCAGAUGGCCAGAGGAGUCCGAGUGAUUGUGUGUUUCUGAGGAUGGAGGAGAUUCCCUACAGCCGAGAGGACACAGACCCAGACCCACACGCCACAGGGAAAAGAAGGCUGUCUGAGACAGAGGAGACAGAAGCACCCAGUGACACCUAGCUACCAGCAGAGGGAGGCAGAGAGCUG